AUGGUUAUCGCUGAUGGGUACCAGUAUGGUUAUACCCAACAACAUAUUCUUGAAAUAAUGAGAACUGAACAUUGCAACAACACUUUGUACCAAUUAUUCAAGGCGAAGGCCCUCAAGCUUGAGGCGAAGUUUUGUCAUAGGGAAAAAGAGUUGAACGCUGCUGAAGUGCUUAUUGCUGCUAGGGACAAGGAGAUAUUGGAGUUGAAGAACCGUCUGAAGGGGAAGGAGCAGCUCGGAGCCGAAGAGGAGAAGCUUCGUGUUGAGCUUGCAUCGGUUCGUAGUGAGUUAGAGAAGGCCCAAAAAGAUGCUUCGUCUUCUAAAGCGGCUGACACCAUAGAAUUGAUAUGGCUUCGUAAUGAGAGGACUCAGCAAACUACCCGGAUCAAAGAAUUAGUUGAGAAAAUUAAACGUGAAGCCGAUAAAUGGAAUGCUCGGGCCGAUGAGCAUAAUACCAUAGUAUCUGAGUGGCGAGAAAGGCUGACCCAAAUGGUUGAUAUCCAGAACAGUUACAAUACCGAUCAUCGUCAGUUUAAUGACACUCUGUUGUGGACUCGCGAGAACCUCCGUGUUGCUCGUGAAAAUGCUACUAGCUUGAAGGCUAAGGUGACACACUUGGAAGAAGAAUUACGUCAAGCUCUUUUGUCCCAUGAUCCUGAAGUGAAGGAUUAUAUACAACGACUUGUUCGGGAGAGAGACGACGUCAGAGCUGAGGCUCAUUCCCUUAGUAAUGCUUUAACCACUUCUCGGGUUGAUGUUGCUCGUUUAUUUGGUUCUGAAAAAGAUCUCGAAGUUAACAUGUACAGGCUUACUAAGGGCAUAAAAGAGAUGAAUAACGAAGUCAACCACCUUCGCCAUUUGGACUCCAUGAAUCAGGUAGAGUUGGAUGAGUGUCAGUUCGCUCUUAAGAAUCUUCGGUUUGAUUAUAAAAAAUUUUCAGACGAGUACGAUUUUCUUGAUGAUGCUCGGGACGCUGUAGUUAAUGAAUAUGAGAUAUCUUCAGCUAGAGUCGAAGGGUUGGCUAAGCCUCGGGAUGAAGCGGCGAAGGAGGCGUCUAAGGAGGUGACUCGUCUGACAUCUGCGCUAUCACAAUCUGAGCUGAAGACCACCGUGAUUACUUAUAAAGCCCGCUGCCAUCUUGCCGAGGAGAUCAACAAGACUCUGUCUAAAAUUGAGCAAGGUCUUAAGAAAGAUUAUGGUAUUGUCAAGGAUUAUCCUCGUCGCCCAAUGCCCGAUCCCUUAGCUUAUUCUUCUGGUCCUUCUUCGGGCGGGAGUGUUCCUUCACCUCAACAGAAAGAUCCCGCUGAUAACGCUGGGUCUUCUAUGGGGAAGUAG